AGGCCUUUGAAUUGCACUCCAAAUAUCCUCAAGGGCAGAGGUGUUAAGUGAGAAGCAGGCACUAUUUGAUAAUGGGCCAGGACAUUCCUACAGAAUUCCAAAAACCGUUCACCUGUGGCCAGCAGCAGAAGAAGGUAUGCAAAGAGAAGAGAAAGAAGGAUGCAAUGUCCACACAUGCUAAAGGAAGGAGCUUUGGGAGCCAUGGCUUACGGUGCAGACAUGGCCAAGUCCAAGAACCACAACACACAUGACCAGUUCCAAAAACGGCACAGAAAUGGUAUCAAGAAACCUCAGUCACAAAGAUCGGUGUCUCUAAAGGGGGUGGAUCCCAAGUUCCUGAGGAACAUGCCCUUUGCCAAGAAGCACAGCAAGAAGGGCCUAAAGAAGAUGCAGGCCAACAGUGCCAAGGCCACGAGUGCACGUGCCAAGGCUAUCAAGGCCCUCGUAAAGCCCAAGGAGGUUAAGCCCAAGAUCCCAAAGGGUGUCAGCCGCAAGCUCAAUCAGCUUGCCUACAUUGGCCACCCCAAGCUUGGGAAGCAUGCUUGUGCCCGCAUUGCCAAGGCGCUCAGGCUGUGCCGGCCAAAGGCCAACGCCAAGGAUCAAACCAAGGCCCAGGCUGCAGCUCCGGCUUCAGUUCCAGCUCAGGCUCCCAAAGGUGCCCAGUCCCCCUACAAAGGCUUCAGAGUAGAGAUCUCUGUCUGCCAACGUGAGGACAGAAGGACUGGUGCGACCCCCCCCGCCCCCGGGCUGCCAUCUGCAUGGGGCUGGUGUCCUCCUGUGCUAUUUGUACAAAUAAACCUGAGGCAUGAAAAAAAAUAA